AUGCCCCCAAUUGUGAUUCGAUUCAAUCAUGCUCAAAUUACUGACUCUAGAUCUGGAUACAUAAUGGAUCUUGGCGUGAUUGAGGAAGAAGACGAUGAAGUGGAACAGGAGCCUGUAGUCACCCACAUACUACCGAGAAGGGAGCUGACCUCCACUUCUACAAUGAUACGAAUGCUCAUAGCAAGAGAGCAGCUUGAGAGCAGCUACGAGAGGAUGAGACCAUCAUCAACUGCCGCAGUUAUGCCAACCAUAUCUGAGGAUUUAGAGGAAAUGGAAAAGACCUCACCAAUUCCAUCCAGAACUGGGUUUUCUAGAGAGAGCAUUGAAGAGGAGGCUAGGCGACUGUCCUUAACAGCCAUUCACAGCGCAUUCUCAGCGGCCGUAUCUGUAUCUGAGGGCGGAUGCAGGGCAAGAUUUAAGCCGAAGCGUAACAUCCUGAGGGGCCUCGUGUCCUGCCUGCGAUCCUGUUUUAGUUGCAUGUGCUAGAGAUGAAUUCAAAGAAAAAGCCCAGAUCGAGAAACGGAAGCGGACAAGCGGAAGAGAGAGAGGAAGCCCGUAUUCAGAAAGAGAUUGAAGUGGUCCACAAGGAGAUAGAGAGACUCGAGAAAUAUAUCAACGUCAAUAUCACUGCCGAAUGAAUUUGACUCUUAAUAUCACUGACUAAUAUUUAAUUCAUACAAUUAUUUUAAAGCUUUUAAUUUUGAAUAUUGGACCCAAAGAGGGGACACCCGAGCUCUUUAUUUAUUUUUUUGGCGUUUAAUGUAAUCCAUUUCCUUUUUGAACCCUUUAAACAAAAUUCUUUUGCAAUGUGGGGCCUUGGAGACAGAUCUAAUGCUAGCAUUGCGGAACAAAAUUUACUUAUUCCAAAAUGUUCACGUCUUUCGGAACUUUGGCCCUAUAAAUACUCAUUCCGUCAGGGAUCAGGAAUGGGUAUUACGUUGGAACAUCCAUCCCGUCAGGGAUCAGGGAUGGGCGUUCCUCGUCAAAAACUUCUAAAUUGUAAAGGAAGCAUCCAUUUAGAGAUGUUCUAAAGCUCCGUUGUCCUCUCUUUUCAAAAUUCUGUUAUUCAAAUUAUUAAUAAACA